ACCGUUGAAAACUGAAAAUAAAAUUGAUUUACGGUCAUUCAUUAAUUGGUUAAAAUGACAGCUCGUUUCACAUUCUGUCGCCAUAGCUUCUGGUUCAACCGAGUGCUGUGCUAGGGGUGCUGUGACUGCACUUGUUUGCGGUGUGUAUCGGCCAUUCCAUGCUCGGGAACCAAUCUUAGCAGUUGAACAAAGCUACAUUACAAUCAAUUAAGAUGAAGUAUAUGAAGCCCAUUGCCUUGUUCAAUGACUUGAUGAAGUCUAAAUCAAAUGGACGCUUACUUGGGUUGGACGUCGGCGACAAGUAUGUGGGUUUAGCAAUAUCAGACCGUCAUAAUAAAAUUGCAUCACCUUUAAGUGUCCUACUAAGGAAGAAAUCAAACAUUGAUUUGGUGGCUACUGAUUUCCAAAGUCUGAUCUCUGAACUUUCGCUGGCGGGGUUUGUUGUUGGCUAUCCUUUCGACAGACAGCGAAGUACCCCUGAUGCUUUGCACGUGAAGCUUUUUAUUGAUGACCUCAGAAAAAUCGGGAAACUUGAAGGUUUAAAAUACACAUUCUGGGAUGAGUGCUUCACAUCAAAGAAUGUGGAACUACUAGUACAGCCUUUAGAUUUGCAUCCAGUAGAAGCAAAAACCAUAAUGGACAAAUUUGCUGCUGUUGGGAUACUUCAGGGGUACCUGGAUUAUGUUAAUAGGAAGCUGAAGUUGGAGGCACCAGAAUAAGGAGUUUGGAAUAAAUAAUCUAAUAGAUGAAGUCUGUUCGUGACCAUUGUUGACAGCUUGCUGCAAUCCCUUACCAACAAACACUUGGGAGUUGGGAUUAUUUCUGCAUUGCGAAUCCUUGAAAUCCUUAAAAGAGUUAUUAUCUUGAUGAUCACUAUUUUGUGGCUUUCGAAAUGAUAACUCAUAUAUGGCUGCACUGCGGAAGGCAAUGUGAUUGAUCUAGCAAAAUAGGGAAUGGUGAUAAAACUUUUGGAUGCACAUAAGUAGUAUCUUUAAAGAAAUUAAAGUAGAUAUUUUUCUCUUCGUUUAUCUUUUCCAUUUCUGUUUCUUCUGAAGUGUACCCCUUGUAUUAGCGGCUACUUCGGCUCUGAACAUUGUACACGAAUUUAUUAUGCUUAUCAGUGUUCGGCUAUAGGAUCACGGUCAA